AGGCCAUUUAGAAACAACAAGCUGAACUGCAAAGUACAGAGUUGUCUCCACAACAAUCAAACCAGAUGCCACAUUGAUUUCAUCUCAUCCAAGACUAUAAAGUACUUCCAUAGAUUUCAUGGUGUUUUAGAAGAGUUCAUUUGUCAUAGUUGUGCUGUCAAAUGAAAAUAUUGACCUCAUUCUGUCCAUUGAUGUCAUAAGAUGGUUAGCUUAGCAUGAAAACUUUAAAUGGCAAAACCUGCUGCUAUUAAAUACAACUACCUCUGUGAGGUCAUUAAUGAACACUGAAACUAAGAUCAGGUGCAGCAAUGCAAAGUGGGAAAAAGACUCAGUGAGAAAAAGUCGUUUGUUUUGUUUGUGUGCAGCUGACCUCACGUCACAGUCACUGCUCAGUUCAACAACAUGUAAACAGAUGUUACUUGAGCUCUGUGGCUGAUACACACCCUGUAAAGCUUUGAUGUCUGCUAACCUUGAUGCACUCUGACCACGCUCUGCACCAGUCCAACAUAGAGCACCUCUGUAACCUUCACCACAGUGUUGUAAACUAACCAGUUUAACCUGCACUGAACUGUCUGAUACUUUCAUGCAACCUUUGGAAAACAGAUUUUACCCGUCGGCCUCCAUUAGCAUGGUGGUCUAUCUGGGCCGCAACAGGCGCUCAGGUCCAAACCCAAAUGAAGUGAAUCGCACUGUGGUAAACAUCACCUGCCAUCCUGGAUUCAACUCGUCGACUUGUGAGAACGACAUUUGUCUUCUGAAGCUGUCGGCUCCUGUGAAUUUCACAGACUACAUUCGGCCGAUCUGCUUAGCCUCACAAAACAGCACUUUCAACAGUGAGACCAGCAGCUGGGCCAUCGGCUUUGAUGAAAUCAGCAAUAACCUGCAGGAGGCAAACGUACCAAUAGUGGGAAACAAUGUGUGCAAAGCCAGAUAUCCAGGGCUCACAGACAGCAUCAUCUGUACUAGAGAGUCAUAUUUGGUGAGCACAAGUUUUAUUUAUUGUGUAAUCUGUUCUGAAAGGUCGACCUCUAACAGUUACACAUCUGUCCUGAUAACUUUCAUCACUGUCUUUCCACAGCUUAGUCUUGGGACACCACUGAUGACUCAGAGUGGAUCCGUCUGGCUCCAGAGUGGACUUCUCAUUGUGCCUGGAUGCUCUGAAAUUCCUUCAACCUACACUCCUGUCUCCCAGUACCAGAAAUGGAUCAGCGACACAGUUACAGGGACACCACCAGGCUUUGUUACCUUCCCUCCCCAGACAGUUCAUUACAAACCACCACUACUCCGACUGCUUCUCCCACUGCUCCUCCCACUGCUCUCCCACCGCUCUCCCACUGCUCCUCCCACUGCUGCUCCCACCUCUCCUUCCAGCGCUCCACCACUGCUCCUUCCCACUCCCACUGCUCCUCCCACUGCUGCUCCACCGCUUCACCCACUGCUCCUCCCACUGCUUCUCCCACUGCUGCUCCCACCGCUGCUCCCACCACUCCUUCCAGCGCUCCUCCCACUGCUUCCACUGCUGCUCCCACUGCUCCUCCCACUGCUGCUCCCACUGCUCCUCCCACUGCUUCUCCCACCACUUCUCUCACUGCUGCUCCCACCAUCCUCCACUGCUCCUCCCACUGCUUCUCCCACCGCUGCUCCCACCGCUCCUCCCACUGCUUCUACAACAGUGUACUUGGAUAGGCCAAACCGUUCCCCCAAGGUGAUUAAGAUGGCGCCGAAGCCGUGGGUGGAUAAAACCAUCCGCGACGCUCUGAGAUCCCGCACCGCUGCCUACAACACGGGACUCACGACGGGGGACAUGGACCCGUACAAAGCCGCGUCAUAUAACGUGCGGAGGGCG